GAAAGUUGGUGAAUGAUGCCGUAGAAAAGAAAAAGAAAGCAACGUGGUUUCCUGAUUAGGAAAGCGUGGAGCACGGAUGACUCAGUCACGCUAGCUGAUCACGUGCGGACUGGCCUUGCUAAAGUUUGCACUGUCUGUCCAUUCUUCAAACGACGCAAACAGCGUCAUAUCAAACUAUUGGAUUGAUCGACUUAUCGCGACUUGCGCGACUCGACCUCGACAGGCUUUCGGAGGCGCUUAGCUUCCCUCUUCGUGUCGGCUCCUUUGCGCCACGGGUUUGAGCGUCGCGUUUCUUGUUCGAAUCAUUCGGCCGACUAAGAAGCUGCGUCUUGUCUGCGGCCUAGCAAGGGGACAAGGGCUUCGAGAAACGCGCGACUCCGGUAAAAGCUAUCUAUGACCAUUUCUCCACGGGCCGUGGCGCUUAAAACGCUGGAUAUUCCCGUGUUCUUAUUAAGAAUUGCGUUGCUUAAAGCACCUAUCGCAAUUGUGACUGGUUCAACUUUUUGAAACUCCCUACUCCAUACUAAGCUUCCUCCGCGGCCCCAUUAGGAUAUCUACUUCUCGAACAGGCACGCGCUCCUCUCUGUCAGUCGCCUUCAAACAACCAAAGCUCAUCUAUAGUCGCGCCAAUCGAUAUAUCCGGUCGUCAAGCUACCAACGACACCACCGCGUCUCCUAGAUCGCGACCAUGACGUCCACGUCUGCUCAAAAUCACCCUCCGACAACGUCGGCUUCCGAGUUCCCCCAAAAUCAGACGGCCCCAACUACUGGGAUCGAUCCCAAUUCGAACCUCCCGACAAGUGGAUAUGCGCCGAACGAGAAUCAACUGGCUGGGCUCGUGGAGGCGGCAACCGCCGCAGCCGGUCAGGACGUGUCAGAGUGGGCGGCCGCAGCUGCAGUCGCCGCGGCAGCUGGUGCAACAGGGCAUCAGCACCAUUUGGAUGGGUAUGGGCCUGAAAUUCAUAUCGACGACGAGGGGUUUGGAGAUACGGGCUUUGGGACCGGCAUGGGAAGUGGGAGGCAUUUGCGAGUGCCGGGGUCAGGUGCCUCGAACGACCAGGGCCAAUCUUCGGGGUUGUCCCGAACUGUGUCGAAGAAGAGGAAAAGAGGCGAUGAGACUUUAGACCCGGCAUUAGCAGCAUCUGGAGCUGGCAUUGGCGCAUCUGGUGGGCAUGGUCAGCAGUCACAUCACCAUCAUCCUCAUAGUUACGGCGGAGAUAACCUGGAUAUUCGAGCCGCGCCGCCUCAAUCGCUGUCGGAUGCUCGCGCCGUCGGUCUCCAUUCCGCUGCAGCUCUUUUCCGCCAACCAUCGAGCAACAAAAAGUAUACCCGGCCACCGAUGUCCAAACUUUUCACCUCCUUAGAGCUCUCGCCCGAGAAUUUCCUACACCUACAAGCCGCAGCCAAAGGAUAUAUGCUUGACGACGCACAUCCAGAGCGACGGGAAUGCGUCGGACAGCGCGGAAGAGGCGACACGGAGAUGGUCAAACUAAGGCUAUGGAACUGUGUGCGCCAUUUUCUGGAGUCCGAGGGCCAUGGCGAGCGAUUCUUUGGUGAAAAUGUUGUCAACGAGGACAUGGGUCCAAGAACUUACAUAUGGCCUCGUGACCAACAGAAGAUUAUCUCUCUGGUCAUACCUUUGUUGAGGCGAAUGGUCACUAAUGAACGUCAACGGCAAUAUGCUGUCGAGACGCGAAAAGGUGGGACGGAAGAGCGCAGGCGACGGAAGACGGAGGAUAGUAUUCAGAACUUUAAUAGCGCCAGUCCUCCUCGAUUCCCUGUGGAAGAACAAUUGCAGAUGCAUACGCAAUCUCAUCUUCCCGAGGGAUACACAUCCACACAGGCCCCAAUGUCGGCAACGCAACCCGUGGGAUCCACCUCACAGCAAGUAGACUUGGGAUUAACAGAUCUAUUCCUCGAUGGAUACACGACAGACUGGAAUGAGAUCUCUAAAGCAUACGACCUGUACAAUCAGAAUUAUGAGCUCGACAAUCUGUGGUAUCUUUCCGGCCUUCAGCAACCAGAUUGGCGCGGCCUAGUGGCGGCUGUUGACAGCCACUAUCAAGUCAUCCACAACGGUGACUGUGACUGUCCAACCUCAUGUGAGGAUGAGAAUGUCAGUCGUAUACUGGAUGCGAACACUACGUCUGAUUUGCGAUGGCGAAUUGGCGGCAGUCAGAAUCAGCCUGCCAGAAAUGAAUUUGCAAGCAGCAUCACGCGUGAUGUUUCACGCGUUAUUCGCGACAGCUUAGGUGGCAAGCAAUCGGAACAUCCUACUGGCAAUCAUCAAGCACCAGUCCCUCAGCCUCAACCCCUCCCGCCACCCAACUUCCCUCCCAUGGCUGGAGUCGCAAACAACGAGCACUCUGGAACGACCGGCCCUCAGGCUCCUCUUUCGAUUCGCGUCAAUAUCCUGCAAGAAGGAAAACGUGUCCUUCCUCGUCUUGACUUGCCCGCGGGACAAACUCCAGAUCUCGAGACUCUCAAACAACUCAUUGCCCGUCGCUUCCCUGGAGAGUUACCAGGUAUUCCCUCUGAAUCCGCCUUAGAUCCCAACGCAGGUAAUUGGAACUCCUCUGUUCAUUGGAAGUUCAAGGUCUUUCUUCCUGAAGGACUCACACCCGUGCACAAUGACGGUGAAUGGACGAUUGCUCUCUUAUCCGCUGGCAACGUCGACUGGAUGGACGGAGAUUUGAAGGUUCUUGUUGAACUAGAAAGCUCCUGAUUUCCACUCUUACUUCCUUUCUUCACAUGUAUGGGUGUGUACCAGUGUGUAUUUUUUACAAAUCUCACCUUGGCGUUUCUAUAAAUGGUUUCUUCUCUUCUGCUAUUUUGUGGGUUUUUUUUUUCUUUUGAUGUCAAAAGUCUCCUAGGGCAUGACUGCUCCUGCAUAUACUGGGUUUUCUUCUUUUCUUCUUCUAUCUUACUGUAUCGCAUCCCCAUAUCUCCUUCUUUUUCUUCCCCCUCUUCUUACAAUUUGUUCCCUUAUUUCCACUUUUGUCAUUAUCUAGGAUUGCUUCUUUUCUGAUCAUACCCCUUUGUACCAAAUCCAGAAACGAAGUUGCUACCCCACGAGAUACAAUGCACGUGCAUGUUAAUUCAGGUGAAGGACUUAUGGAAACCUUAAUCAGAUACUUAGUUUAAUCAGGGCUAUUAAUGAGAUGAUCUAGUCGAUUUAUUUAAAUCAUGCAGUUCAAAAUGAUAGAUUUCGAUUCAUUUCUUCUCCAAACUGAAGGUUCCAGGUGAUAAAUGGCGUGGAAGUUCAAAGUAGCAGUACCUAUCCGCCUGACAACAUAUAUUUUGAGUCACCCGGGCUUUAGAUCAACACAUGACCAGUUUCCUUGAUCAUUGCAUGAAGUGUGGAAAAGAUUCUUC